AUGGCAGAGGGCACCCGGGACGAGCGGUUCCUGUACAUGAUCUCCUGCUUCAGGCCGCGGCUGAGGCAGAUCAUCCAGGCGCAGCCCGUGCUGGACCAGCUCCCCGCGCUGAGCGCGGAGGACAGGGACAGGGUGCGUGCGGCCGCGCUGCAGCGCGGCGCGGCGGCGGGCGCGGAGGAGCUGCUGCGGGCCGUGGAGCGCGGCCCCCGCGGCCGCGGCUGGAUCCGCGAGUUCCUGCUGGCGCUGGAGCGCGGCGGCUGCGGCCUGGCCGCCUGCUACGCCAACCCCAGCCUGAGCCAGCUGCCCUCGCCGGCGGAGGAGGCCGAGCACGACCUCUGCGUGCACCUGGUGCAGCUGCUGCACGGCACGCUGGUGGACAGGAUGCGCGCCGUGCAGGUGGCCGAGAAGUGCUUGCAGAUGGGAAUCUUCCAGGACGAGGACGUGGAUCGGAUCCAGACUGUUACUGACAAUCGUGGGAACAGAGAUGGUGCAAGGGAGUUACUGAGCAGAAUAGUCCAGAAGAAAGAUUGGUUUUCUUCUUUUUUGAUUGCUCUUCGUGAAACCCAGCAUGAAGACCUUGCAGAUGAUUUAAGUGGAAAUACAGGAGAGAGUAAACAAAAUGGGAUGGAGCAGACUACAAAUGAAGAAACAGAAGUUACAAGCCAACCAGGAAACGUCAUAGAGGAGAAUUUGAAACAGGAAGAAAAUGUGGAUGAUAGUUUCUGCAGUGAGAGCAGUCUGUUGGAAACAUCCAUAGAAAAGAAUUCUGUGGUGUCAGAGUCAGAUGUCUCCACAGGAGAUGGAAGUGUCAGUAACUCGAAUGAAAAUCUGGAACAGAGCUGUACAACCAGUGAUUCAGAUGAAGAUGAAGUGGAGAGGAGAGCCUCACCUGAGCCAGAUCUGACCCUGAGAGAUUACCAGAUGGAAGUGGCAAAGCCAGCACUGAAUGGGGAGAAUAUUAUAAUAUGUCUCCCUACAGGCAGUGGUAAAACCAGAGUGGCAGUUUACAUUACCAAAGAUCACUUGGAUAAGAAGAAAAGAGCAUCAGAGCCUGGAAAAGUCAUAGUACUUGUUAAUAAGGUUCCGCUGGUAGAACAGCAUUUAAAAACAGAGUUUAGUCUAUUCCUGAAACGUUGGUAUCAGGUUAUUGGUUUAAGUGGUGAUUCUCAGCUGAAAAUCUCAUUUCCUGAAGUUGUCAGAAGAAAUGAUGUCAUCAUCAGUACAGCACAGAUCCUUGAGAACUCACUUUUAAAUGCAUCCAAGGAAGAUGAAGAAAGUGUCCACUUAUCAGAUUUUUCCCUCAUCAUCAUCGAUGAGUGUCAUCACACUCAAAAGGAAGGUGUCUACAAUAAUAUAAUGAGACGUUACUUAAAAGAAAAGAUGAAGAACAGGAAGCUGGCAAAGGAAAACAAACCACUGAUCGCACAGCCUCAGAUUCUGGGACUUACAGCCUCACCUGGUGUAGGAGGUGCAACAUCCUACUCAAAAGCUGAAGAGCAUAUUCUGAAAAUCUGUGCCAAUCUUGAUGCAUGUAGAAUUAUGACUGUUGAAGAGCAUGCCUCCCAGCUAAAGAAUCAGGUGAAGGAACCAUCUAAGAAGACUGUGAUUGCAGAUGACAAAAAAAGGGAUCCAUUUAAAGAGAAAAUUACUGAGAUCAUGACAGAAAUACAAAACUAUUGCCAGCUGCAUCCAAAGCCUGAGUUUGGAACUCAGACAUAUGAACAGUGGGUGAUCAGAGAAGAGAAAAGAGCUGCAAAAGAAGAAAAACGCAGGGAACGUGUCUGUGCAGAGCACUUGAAGAAAUACAAUGAUGCUCUCCAGAUAAAUGACACCAUCCGAAUGGUGGAUGCCUACAAUCUCCUAAAUAACUUUUAUAAAGAGGAGAAAAGUAAGAAGACAGUAAGGAGUGAUGAUGAUGAUGAUGAUGAUAAACCAGCAGUAUCAAAACAGGAUGAAACAGAUGAAUUUCUAAUAGGCUUAUUUCAUGCAAAAAAGAAACAGCUGAAAGAGUUGACUAAACAACCAGAAAAUGAAAAUGAGAAGCUCAUGAAGUUGAGAAAUACUUUAAUGGAGGAGUUCACAAAGACUGAGGAACCUCGAGGAAUCAUAUUCACAAAGACUCGUCUAAGUGCCUUUGCUCUUUUCCAGUGGAUUAAGGACAACCCAAAAUUUGAAGAAGUGGGAAUUAAGGCCCAUUAUCUUAUUGGCUCUGGACAUAAGAGUGAAAUGAAGCCCAUGACUCAGAAUGAGCAAAGGGAAGUAAUUGAUAAAUUUCGAUGUGGAAAUGUAAAUUUACUAAUUGCUACUACUGUAGCUGAGGAAGGCCUGGACAUCAAGGAGUGUAACAUUGUUAUUCGCUAUGGCCUCGUCACCAAUGAAAUUGCCAUGGUGCAGGCUCGUGGUAGAGCUCGGGCUGAUGAAAGCACCUAUGCUCUUGUUGCUUCAAGUGGCUCAGGGGCUGUUGAACGUGAAAGUGUUAAUAUUUUUCGUGAGAAAAUGAUGUAUAAGGCUAUUCAGCGUGUCCAGAAGAUGCCACAGGAAGAGUAUUUAAAUAAGAUUCAGAGUUUCCAGUUGCAAAGUGUAGUGGAAAAACAAAUGAAGGUGAUGAGAGAUCAGCGCAAGACAUACAAGAAAAAUCCUUCACUAAUAAAAUUCUUAUGCAAAAAUUGCUCCAAGUCGAUAUGUUCUGGAGAAGACAUACAAGUUAUUGAAGACAUGCAUCAUGUUAGUGUGAAAAAAGAUUUCCAAAAUCUUUAUCAUAUAAGAGAAAACAAAACACUGCAAGAUAAGCAUGCUGAUUACCAGACAAAUGGGGAAAUUAUAUGCAAAGACUGUGGACAAGCUUGGGGAAAUAUGAUGGUUCACCGAGGUCUUGACCUGCCUUGUCUAAAGAUUAGAAAUUUUGUGGUUGUGUUUGCAGACAAGAAAACAACAAAUGGUAUUUUUAAGAAAUGGGGAGACCUGCCCAUUAGGUUUCCUAGUUUUGAUUAUGCAGCUCAUUGUCCUUCAAGUGAUGAAGAUUAA